CUUUUUUUUAUUUCUUUUUCUUUUUCUUUUUUUUCACCAUUACAAUCCAAACUUUGCUACUAUUAUUUCUUCUUCUGGUCAGACCCCUACCAAUUCCCUGCUCGCCCGCCAUGGGGAGCACGUCGGAAGCGAGGACGUCAUCUUCCGCCGGCGCAUCGCAACCCUCGUCCAUAAGAUCAGUCGACGUAUCCGUCUCCGCAAAAUCGUCGCCAACAUUGGCGCCUCAAAAUGGACAACAGAACGGCGUCCCGUCUUCGGCCGAACAGGUUUUAAAGCCCGUCGAGAAGACUUCGGUCAAGGAGCGCCUCACUCGCAUGUUUUCGACCAAGGACACGCACCGAUCGUCGAAUCUCGCUCCUCCCUCGGGCGAUAGGUCCGCCCCUGUAAGCCCCGGUAUCGCUCCCCCUGUAAGGAAUCAACCUCCAAGUCGCAAGGGUUCCACCACCGACAAGGCCUCCGAAAAGACGGCUGCCGCCAGCGCCGCAAGGGCCGCCAAGUCGAGCAAUGGCAACGCACAACAGCAGCAGCGCUUUAUCGUCAACCCCGACGCACAGGGUGGCCAUGAGCAUCAUCUCAAGAGCAGCCGGCGCCAGGAGAAGCUGUCGGACAUGUUCCGCAGCAUGCUGGGCGGUGGCAAGCGCGCCGAGCAGCAAGACCACGAUCUCUCGCUCGUUUCCGGAUGGGUCGACACCCUGAAGCAAGAGAAGGACAAGGACAAGGACGGCGGCCAGGCUGGCGAGAAGCGCGGGGGUCCCAACGCAUCUGUGACAUUGGUGGAGAAGUACGGCAAGUGUCAGGAGGUGGUGGGCCGCGGAGCGUUCGGAAUUGUGAGGAUAUCGCACAAGAAGAUGGAUAACGGCGCCGGUGAGAGGUUAUUCGCCGUCAAGGAGUUUCGCCGCCGGCCCGAGGAAAACGAAAAGAAAUACAGCAAGCGACUGACGGCCGAGUUUUGCAUCUCGUCCAGCCUGCGACACCCCAAUGUCAUUCACACGUUAGACCUGCUGCAGGACGCCAAAGGCGACUACUGCGAAGUCAUGGAGUUUUGCCCUGGCGGCGAUCUGUACACGCUCGUGCUUGCGGCCGGGAAGCUUGAGGUGCAGGAGGCGGACUGUUUCUUCAAGCAGAUGAUGCGUGGCGUCGAGUACAUGCACGAGAUGGGCGUGGCGCACCGUGACCUGAAGCCCGAGAAUCUGCUCCUGACGACCCACGGUGCCCUCAAGAUUACGGAUUUUGGCAACGGUGAAUGUUUCCGCAUGGCCUGGGAGAACGAUGCGCACAUGGUUUCGGGUUUGUGCGGCUCGGGGCCUUAUAUUGCUCCCGAAGAAUACACCAGCAAGGAGUUUGACGCCAGGGCUGUCGAUGUGUGGGCCUGUGGUGUCAUCUAUAUGGCCAUGAGAACUGGCCGCCACCUCUGGCGAAUCGCCAAGAAGGACGAGGAUGAGUUUUAUGCCCGUUACCUCGAGGGACGUCGAGAUGAGGAGGGCUAUGGGCCGAUAGAAUCAUUACACAGGGCUCGCUGCAGAAACGUUAUAUAUUCCAUAUUAGAUCCUAAUCCGUCACGGCGCAUCACAGCCUCGCAGGUCCUCAAAUCGGAAUGGGGCCGCGAGAUCAAGCUGUGUAAAGCUGGUGAGGAAGGCCUGUAGCGAUCAUAUUUUACGCAUGUUCUAGGCCCACGCACACAUCACACUUCUUUUUUUUUUUCCUUCGCGAAAAUCUAUUUGAUAGUAUACUGCUCCCUUAAUCGUACUGUUAGUCUAGAGUUCUGCGAAAGACAUGUCGUGUGGUGUGUCGGGAAAAAAGCCGCAAUUCCAAAACGGGAGGAGCCCUAAACAAACUGGUGCUAGCGGGUUGACUCUUUUAUUUUGCCUCGCGCACCGACUUUGCGUGCCGGGGACUCCAGGGUUGGGACUUGUUGAGGCUUUUUUUUUUAACUCUCUUAUCAGUCGCGGGUAGAAUGCUUCCAGAGUGCCGAUGCCUUCACAAUGGACUGGAGCAGAGCACUGGAGCACUAUUCAACCUCUGGAGAGUUGGGCUGGAUUGUGCAAGGCUUCUUCUUUGCGAUGGAAAACAUCUACCAAACAUGGAGGUAACCUUGGGUUUGAAGGGACUUUUUUUUUUGUUUCAAAGGGUCAUGUGAAAACGGCAGCGAGGCAAGCAACUGAUUUCUUCACAUCAAAUAUUAUCAAAGCACUGGCGUUGUGGGAGUCUUGUAUUUUUUCUCUCCUUUUUUUUUCUUCAUACUCUUUUUUAUUUCUUUUAAGCUUCCGUAUUUUUAUUUCUGCUCUUCUCUUUUUUUUUUUAUCUUCAAGAAUAGCCUCCAUCUUAGAAGUCCUCUUAUUUUUGGUGUUUCUUCAUCAAUGCAACAAAGCGUUCAUUAAUCAAUCCCAUUGUUUGAGCUACACAAGUGUUAAGUGUCAACUCGUUACUCCGCCACUUGCUUCAGAUGCAGCCAUUUAAUCUAGAAGCCCGCAAACAAGAUCCAACAUGCGGGCGGUCCGGUCCCCAUCCAUGCAAUGUCAUGCAUAUGCGUCGCGCAAAUGCUUCCCC